CAGUAGGUGGCGGUAUGCAAAUUACAAGCUGGUUGCAACUUUCCAUUGAUCCAAAGAAAAAGAAGGACGAGGUCCUUCACACCAGAAGAUGGCGCUGUCAGCGUCAAAUGUUAGCUCUUACGUUCAUGUCUUUGUUUUUCGUUGACUGUAAACAGUAGCUAGGUGUGUUGAUUUUAGUCAGGUUUUAGUCCGUUUUAUUGUUGAUUUUAAUGAUUUUUGAAACCAGAAGUAUUUUGAAUAUGUCACGGUCAAAAAGUUAUCGUUGGAACUCGUGGAACUAGCUAGCGUUAAGCUAAUGUCUCUGGACGUUAGGCAGCAACGGUCUAGUUAUGUUAUUGCUUGUAUUGCUCGGUCAGGACAGGGAAGAGAAUAAACAUACCAACUGAAUUUAAUGAACACCAUGAUUAAGUGUUUGCCCAAAGAGGUUCAGGGGAAACUUCGCUCCGGUGUCGCCAUCCCCUCCCUUCAACAGUGCGUAGAGGAGCUCAUCCUGAACAGCAUCGAUGCCGGAGCGACCUGUGUCGGAGUCAGGAUGGACAUGGAGGCGUUCAAAGUUCAGGUAAUCGACAACGGCGCUGGGAUGAGCGUUGAGGAUAUGGAGUGUGUGGGAAACAGAUACCACACAAGCAAGUGCAACUCUCUUGAAAACCUGGACAACCUCAGGUGGUAUGGCUUUAGGGGAGAAGCCUUGGCGAGUAUAGUUUCUUUGGCCGCACUUGUUGAAAUCACAUCCCGAACCAGAUCAUCCGUGAAAACAAACGUGAAAAUGUUCAAGAACGCCAAAGGUUUGGAUGUCUUCGAAGCAGAGACUGCUCGACCGUCUGCAGGGACAACUAUUGUCAUUUGUAACUUCUUCCACAACAUGCCAGUCCGGAGGAAGAGGAUGGAUGCUGUCCUGGAGGGUGAGAGGAUCAGACACAGAGUGGAGGCUAUUUCCCUGAUGCAUCCCUCUGUGUCUUUCACCCUCAAGAAUGACUGCACGGGAGUCAUGACGGUGCAGCUUCCCAAAGCCAAAAACACUUACCACAGGUUUGUUCAGAUACACAGCCUUGGGCGAGCACAGAAACUGGGAGAAAUUUGCUACACACAUGGACAGUUUGAAGUGACGGGUUACAUUGGCAGAGAGGGCCACUACAACAACAGUUUACAGUUCCUGUAUGUAAAUGAUAGACUGCUGCUGAAAACACAGAUACACAAGCUGUUGAGUUUUCUCCUACGUAGACUGAGCAGUUCAAAUCAGAAAAAUGACAGUCCAGAUGGGCAGUCUGCCAUCAGGAGUCCAAAGCACAAACGAAACCAAGACCUGCAUGGAGUAUAUAUCAUCAACAUCAAAUGCUCUUACUCUGAGUAUGACAUCUGUCUUGAGCCUGCCAAAACUCUAAUAGAGUUCAAAGACUGGGAUGGCAUUUUGCUGUGCAUUGAAGAGGCAGUGAAAGCUUUCCUGAGAAAGGAGAACUUGGUGGCUGUGCUUUCUCAAGAAGACUUGGACUGUGUGUCUCCUGAACUGUUUGGCACUGACAAUAUGGACCAAGAGGGGAACAACAGUGGUGAAGGUGGCCAAGCAACUAGGAGUGCUUUCACACUAGAUUGCAGUGUCGGAAUGAAACUGGCAUCUGAAUCUGUUCAUCGUAAGCGCAGAGAUAUUUCUGAGGAUGGUGUUUGCCAGGAGUCUGGUCUGAUGGAAUGUGAAGAAACUGAAGCUGAACAGAUACCCACAAGUGACAUGGAAAAGAUACAAAGUGAAGGAUGCAUAUCUGAAGAAUGUAGAGAUGAGCCACGAUGUGAUCUGGCUCAACUGGAACUUGCAUCUGAUGAUAACAGAAUUGAAGUAGAGGAGCCAACAUUCAGUAAAGCUGGGGAAGGCUCUCAAUUUUUAUGCCUGUCAAGUCACUCACAGCUUUCAAAUGAAAGAGACAUAUUGAUUAGUUCUACCUCAACCAGCAAUGUGACUUUACCAGACUGCAUCACUCAACAAAUUCAUCCUGAUUUAUACAGUAUCGAGCAAUUAUUACCUGACUGUCAGGGUCCAGGAGGACACAGACGGACAUUGAUAAGUAACAGAAAGAUCAGUCUGUCUGAUCCAUUCAUUCAUCAAAGCCUGCACACUCAUGACCUGUCCCAAAUCAACAAGUCAGUAUUUCAGCAGCAAAACCUAGCACAGAAAGGUGAUAAGAGAUCCUUUGCAUCAAAGUGCAAAAUUUCACUGGAUGCAAGCCAUGACAGAUCUUGUCGGAAACAUUGCGAAGACUUUGAUCCUAUUGUUCCCUCAAAGAUUCCCAGAUAUGUAUCCUGUCAAAGGUUUUCUUUACCCAAAGAAUCUGGAUCUCUUGACAACUUUAGAAAAGUAUUUGGUAAAUGUGAUGAAAUAAAAUUACCCUCUUUGGAGACUCAUUUACAGAACAAUGCUAGGCUUCCACAGGCAAACACAGGCCUUAUUUCGAAUCCCCAGAAUUUGUCAAUUUGUCAAAAAGAUCAGCAAGAUGUUGAUCUUACACAGCCACAAAAAAAGGAGACACAGAGCAGCCUCCGAAGCCCAGCAACCCUCUCAGUUUUCACUAAACUAAAACCAGUCUCAGCUCAGAAUAAAGGCAAAAAAUCUUUGGCUGCUAAACUCUGUCAUUUGAAACAGCACAGGACAGAAGCUUCAAAGGUGUUACCGCACUUUUCCAGUACUACCUCAGAGGACAAUAGCUGUCUCAGCAGUGGUAAUGAUAUCCAAGACAGAAACAACAAUGAGAAUCCCUGUGACACUGCACUGAACCCUGAGCCAGUCUCAUGUAGCAAUGCAAACCCUCAAUUGUGUGAGAAGGAAGGGGAUUCAACAUCAGGUGACUGGCUUCAUCACUACGAUACAUCAGUGGGAAAGAAUGUUUACAUCAACAGAGUGACCGGGCUUAGCAAAUAUGAGGAUCCAUCCACCGAAGAAACACAUGUGCGCUGUACAUCUGAUGUCACCAAUAUGGCAGUUAGUGUCAUCUCUGAAACAGGGAUGGAAUACAGGUGUUACCCAUUUCAGGUGGAUCUAGUGUUGCCCUUCCUGCCUAGAUCCAGGACAGAGAGAGUGAUUAGUUCAGGGCUUGAUGACAGAGAUGAUGGUGGUGAGAGCUCCAAUUCACUUUCUUCAUUGUACUCGAAAUGGAAAAAUCCUGUGUUUGUCCAACCUCCUAUGGUUGGUGUGGACAUAUCAAAUGGGCAAGCUGAUGGACUGGCUGUAAAGAUCCAUAACAUCCUGUUUCCAUACCGCUUUUCUAAGGCCAUGAUUCACACAAUGAAGGUUAUUCAUCAAGUGGAUAAGAAGUUUCUUGCAUGUCUAAUCGAUACAAGAGACGAAGAACCUGCAGCACACACUGAAACUGAAGGAAAUCUUCUGGUGCUGGUGGAUCAACACGCUGCACACGAGAGAGUUCGGCUCGAGAAUUUAGUUGCAGAUUCCUAUGAGGAAGACCCAGAUGCAUCAGGGGAGAGACGUCUGUGUUCCUCAACCAUCUUGCCACCUCUUGAGAUCAGUGUAACAGAAGAGGAGCUAAGGCUGCUUAGGUCUUGUCAGGCAGAUUUACGGAAAUUGGGCCUGGAAGUGAAGUUCUCACAGGCAGCAGAUCCACAGGUAUUUGUGGGGAAGGUACCAUUGUGCUUCAUGGAAAAGGAGAGCAAUGAGCUAAGGCGAGGGAGACCAUCUGUUAUCAAGCCUAUAGUUGAGGAGUAUCUACGAGAGCAGAUUGAGUUACUCCGCUCAACUGGUAGAGUGAGAGGAACUUUGCCUCUCACUGUGCUGAAAGUGCUUGCCUCCCUAGCAUGUCACGGUGCCAUCAAAUUCAAUGACAGCCUGAGCAGAGAUGAAUGCCACAGCUUGGUAGCAUCCUUAUCCUCCUGCCAGCUGCCCUUCCAGUGUGCCCAUGGUCGUCCUUCCAUUGCUCCCCUUGUAGACAUCCUGCAUUUGGACAAAGACCAGAAGGAAUUACAGAAACCCAACCUCCAAAAGCUGAGAAGAAUGCAUAAAGCUUGGGAACUAUAUGGAAAUAGAUAAGUGGGUGUCUGUUUUAUGUUAAAUGUCUAAAUUAAAUUUAAAUUGUCAACAAAAUGAAUUCUAAUCCAUUAAAAAAAAACUCUUUAUUAAACAUGUCAUAAAUUAAUAACAUUUAGUUUUUACAUAUGAGGGACAUCACCCGUUACAUCACCAAGCACACAGAAAGAUUAAAUACUAAAAUCAAUGUUAAAUUGACAUUGAUGAAACGUGAUGCAUCAUCAGAAAAGUAGAAAAAGGCCCAUUGUAGUGACCACGUAAAUAUUCCAAAACUUGGAGUGCACUUGAUCAAGCUGUAUCCCUCAGGUUGUGCUUGAAAACACGUCCUUGCCUUGAAGAAUCUCUUAAAUAAAAUAAAAACCUGCCACACAGCCAGUGCAAUUAAAAACAGCACAUGGAGAUGAUGCUGAAGAGCAGCAAUCAUGCAUUGGUGGAACCUGUUUAAGGAAAUGGUGGCCAAAUAGUGUUAAAACUGUCAACCUUUUUUUAAACUGCUCAGUUAACUUGAUAGUUUCGGAGGCAACAAGCACUGGAGGAAACUGAGUUCAAACCCUUUUUCUGGCCCCACCCCAAACAACAGGUGAUUUUUUUCUGUUGUUAAAGACAACGCCUGCUACACAUGACACACUGGGAUGUGGCCAAAAAAUAAAUAAAUUUAAAUCCAUAGAAAACAGUGCAGUUGCAGUUUUCUGCCCCAAGGGCAAUUUGCUCUAUCCAUUUAGCAUUUGUGUCUUGCAUCUCUGUCCCUUGUUUCCUUAAGUAGUUAAAGUUAUUUGCGAUGGACUUCGACAGGUACUCAAAAUGUCUUAUCUUCGCCUCAAGGGGGGGUCAGUUUCUCCUCUUUUUUCAAUCGGUCAAAGAGGUUGCAACAGUCAUAUUUAUCAAACCUGUUUAGAUGCUGUGAUCUCUCUGCAUCAUCUUCCUGCCGUCACAAAGUUCAUCAUGCAUUGAAUUAUCAGAAAUAGCUUGGAUUCAAAUAUGUGUUAGUGGAUAUAACAAUAUUAACACUUAAUAGUUCUUUGCUUCCGCUAAUUAAGUUAUUUGACAGAACAUAUUUAGGCUUUUGCCAUCACUUGGAUAUCCCCAAUUAUGCAUCUUAAAAUAAUCUAAUAAUUUAUGUACUGUUUGUCCAUUUGAGUUGGAAUAUUCCCCUUUAUCACAAGUAGUUAAUUGAGAAAAAAAACAUGAUUUAUUUCUUACUAUUUUGAAUUAUUUAUUAUUCAGCGAGUGGAUCUGCUGUCUAAAAGCAAACAUUCAACUUUUUCUGUUGUGAAUGAAAACUUCUCCUUUGUGUACAACAUGUGGCCAAAAGAAUCAGUGAUAUGAGGAAAGACCCAACAUCUCAGUUAUCAACUCAGUGAAUCCCUUGGACUCCCUUAUAUUGAUAUCUUGAUAUGAGACUAGACAAGUGAUAUCAUGAUGUGUUUUAUUUCCUGACCUUAAAGGCUACAAAGUAAUAAAGUGACACAUGGUAUUAGACUCUUCCAUCAAAACGGUUUUACUUUUUUGGUGACCAGAUUAAUUUUAACUCUGACCACCCCUAAAAUAUCAAAUUAAUAAGAAAAGCUUCAUUGUACCCUUUUAAAUGAAAGGAAACACGAUGGGAGUGUUUACAUGACUAGCUGUAUUUAUUGCAGGAUGUAUUGACCUAAAGUGUUAUUUUUCAAUCACGCAUUUUUGGCAUGAAAAUACAGUAAACUCAUUGUUUCAUUCACAAACUCUCCCAUAGUAACAAACUAAUAAAGUCAGCCACAUGUUACAG